CUCUCUUUAACCACAAACGAUGUGCUAGUCGACACGGGAGCAAACGGAUACAUUUUCGUGAGCCGAAACUUUGCCAACAAGAUGCAAAACUUGCUACACCUCGAACCAGUUAUAGACCCCGACCCAAGACGGGUAGGCGGUUACGACAACAAAUCUCAACAAACCAUCGAGGAACUCCUAGAAGCUAACCUAGUAAUCCAACACCGUACGAUCAAGGACGAGUACCUAAUUGUGGUAGACUGCGUUCACGACCUAAUGAUCGGCCGGAAAUGGCUCGACUACCACGACGUACUCGCCGAUACGCGGCGUCGUAGGUUGUUAUUCCCUGAGGAAUGGGAACUCGACCCGAGCUGGUGGACUACCAUUUCUAUGGACCAGUCGGAACUGGGACAACCCAACCCUAUAUAUCAAGAGGAUGUCAAGAAGAGAGAGCUAGCCAUAGAAAAAGAAGACAAGCGCCGGCGCGACGGCAGACUCGUACGGGCACGAAGAGACGAGCUAGAACGGCAGGAAUCUGCUAGGUUCACGGUGGAAGACCCACGAACGCCGGAACCUAUCAUGACGAUACCCACAUUCCGACCGACACUCCUUCAACGCUCGUCCCGCCUGCUGAGCGAGCAAGUCGACGUCAUGACAUUGCACGAGCUAGAUAAACGCAUCUCGGAACUGAAGGAACUACCGGAGGGCGCCGAUGGACUAGACCAAGACGACAGGAAGUUACGAGAGCAAGUCCUAAGGGACCUUCCGUCACCAUAUCACGACUUCCUAGAUGUGUUUAGCAAGGUUCAAUCCGACAUUCUAGCCCCGAGGCGAGGUCCGGUGGAUCACAGAAUUCGCCUCUUACCAGACAAAGAGCCCGAGGAUUUGGGAUACAGCCCCCUAUACAAGAUGUCCCUGGAGGAGCUGGAGGCU